AUGGAACAUCAAAAGGAACAUUUUCGUCAUAUUUUACUUUUUUAUUUCCGCAAAGGGAAAAACGCAUCGCAAGCUCACAAAAAGUUAUGUGCUGUUUAUGGUGACGAAGCCUUAAAAGAACGGCAAAAUUGGUUUGCCAAAUUUCGUUCUGAUGAAGAACGCUCUGGUCGUCCAGUUGAAGUUGAUGACGACCUUAUCAAAGCAAUAAUCGAUUCGGAUCGUCACAGUACAACACGUGAGAUCGCAGAGAAGCUCCAUGUAUCACAUACAUGCAUUGAAAAUCACUUAAAACAGCUUGGCUAUGUUCAAAAACUUGAUACAUGGUUUUUUGCUAAUAAAAACCAGAAGUUUUAUGAACGUGGGAUUAUGAUGCUGCCUGAAAGAUGGCAAAAGGUCAUUGAUAAAAAUGGGCAAUACAUUACAGAAUAA